GACUCCAUGACUGGGAUUGUCAAGUUGGCCAAUAUAUGUUCACAUUUCUCUUCCGCUAUGAGCAGACCAAUUGUCCUGCACAUUUGUCUGGCUUUCUGGAGCCUCCUCAUUCUCAACUUUUCCACACAAUGCCUAGCCUUUCCCAAAACGGAAAGGGAGAUAGCACAUAUUCAGGUGGAAAAAAGGCAGUCGGAGAGGACAGAAAUAGAAGACCUAGAAAGUAAAUUCAGAGGUUCAAAACAAACAGCCCAGCCAGUGCUCUCUGAGGAUCCGAUGGUAGGGCCAGAAAGACCCUCAGCCACAUCAUUAAGUCUAGUCUCCCCUGCGAAUGAAGGGACCCAGCCUGUAGGAGCAGAGCUUAUGCAGCCUAAUGACCCUGGUGAUUACACUCCUACCAAGUCCGGCAUCCCCACAGAAGAGAAAGAACUGCUUGGUUCCAGCCAGCCAGAGAGAACGUCCCCUGAAAGCAGGCUUCCUAAGCCAAUGCUAGCCGUCGCAGUCAGUGCACCUACAGCUCUGAACAUCAAUGAGAAAAGGGAACCCGUUGGCGGCACCCACAUUCUGCCCAUGGUACACGUGACCACAGAAGCAACACAGGGUUGGCUGAAGUCUUUGGAGGGUCCAGUAUUUCCAUCGGAAAGUCAGGAAGAGGUGAAUUUGGGACCUUCACCAUCAUCCUAUGUAAAUAGUAAUGCCAUUUUAACCACCAGUCUGAGGACUGAAAGCUUUGAAGCAGCCACAGAGCAUUGGGUGGCUUCUCUUCGUGGCACUGAGCCCCCAAGUCUCGCACCGGACAGAGAGUGGCCUUCACAGACGAGGCCAGCUGAUGAUACCCAGGCUACAGCCACCAAGCACUUGCUUGCAACCUCCCAGGAUGCUCAGAGUAUCGAGCCAGAAACUGACAGCCUGCCUGGAGCCCCAGAAGUCACAGCCAGUGUCCGCGCAGCUGUUUCGGCGGCCUCUGACUUAGGUGAUGAGUGGGAUGACACCAAACUCGAGCGUGUUAGUCACCUCAGGGCCCCGCACCUGGGAGAUGACACAGAGGCUCAGGUGAGAAUGGAAACACCGCAGACAGCACAAGUCACCCGUGACAGUAUGGCUGGGACUGAGCCUUUGACAGGGGCUGCAGACAGGGCUCUGGGGCUGCCCAAAGGGGAAACCUCCACGGGUUCAGACCUGCUAAUAGCCCGUGGGGCUGAGAGAUCUGCUGGCGUCACAGAUCAGAGUUCUUUUACUCCCACAAGCCCGAUGGAGGAUGUGGACGUGUCCGUUGUGAGUCUGGUCCAGAAGGCCGAAGGCUUCACGGGGACCACCGCAGCCAAGGAUGCCGCGUUUUCCUUAGAGACCACCGUUCCUGUCUCGGGAUAUGAGUCUGAGGCUCACCACCCACAGGGAAACACAUUUAAAGACAUUAUUACUCAAGAGAUGGCACCAGCUGGUCAAGAAGCAGAAGCCACUUUACCAUUGGUGACACAGGAGCAGGUUUCUGCCCUCGAGGUUGCCAGAGAGAAUGGUGAGCCCGAGGAAGAAGAGUCGCCGUCAUCCGUGUCAGGUGGGCCUGGUGUUACUCAGCUCUCACGAAGGUCGGAGCCCCUGGACGCUGUUGUUUCAACCACUGCCUUCACUCUGUCUUUCCAAGUCACGCCCACUGGGCAAGAACUAAUGGACGCAGUCACAGGACCAAGUGAAGAGCUGUUCACGUCGGUCUCAGACUCACCGGGCACCCUCCCUGGAGAAAUGGAGGAGAUGGUCAGCAUUUCCCCAGCGUUUCCUGCUUCUGAAGUGUCUUCUGAGAGAAGGACCAUCCUUCCAUCCAUUCGUCGUGUCAAUACAGAUGCCACCUAUGGCCUGGACCAACUUGAAUCUGAAGAGGGAGAAGAAGACGAGGAGGAAGAGGAGGAAGAUGAAGAGGAUGAGGAGGAAGAGGAGGAAGAUGGGGAAGAUAAAGAUGCAGACUCCUUGGAUGAGAGCUUCGACAGUGACACUGAGCUGCCAGGGUUUACACCCCCUGGUGUCACAUCCCAGGAGCGUGGCCUAGAGCUGGGAAACAUGGGUCCAUUGGAGGGAGCCACCUACCAGGUCCCAGAUGCCAUCAAGUGGGAGCAGCAGAAUCAGGGCCUGGUGAGAAACUGGAUGGAAAAACUGAAAGACAAGGCUAGCUAUAUGUCUGGGAUGCUGGUGCCUGUAGGCGUUGGGAUAGCUGGAGCCUUGUUCAUCUUGGGAGCGCUUUACAGCAUCAAGGUUAUGAAUCGCCGAAGGAGAAAUGGCUUCAAACGGCAUAAGAGGAAGCAGCGAGAAUUCAACAGCAUGCAAGACCGAGUAAUGCUCCUAGCUGACAGCUCUGAAGAUGAAUUUUGAAUUGGACUAAAGUUUUGCUGGGAUAGUCGAUGACGCUAUGAUUUUAUUUUCCAUCUCGGGACAGAAAAAGAAUAAGGACUGGCUGCCACGUCCCUGCACAUCUCCGUUCCUUGUCUGCUGGGUAUUUUCUUAUUGAGCAGAAGGGGCAUGCUGUGUACUCAAUGCAACAGGCAGCGUUUGGUUUUCUAGUGACAUGAACUUUCCACACCCGUGAGCAAUGACUCCUGGGGAUGCAGCAUACCUGUUGUUCAGUAGGAGUUGUUAGACUAAGUAAAUAGUUUGUAUUUUUCCACAGUGUCUUCUUCCUUGGUUGGGCUUCCCUGCUGUAAUCAGAGCCACAGUUAGCCAACAAGGUACGCUUGAAUUGGCAAUAGAAACCUGAACAUAGACAACACCUUCUGAGGGCCACAUGCCAGUCCCUGGAGCCAUGGGCCAAGCGUCAGGAAAUGGAUUGCAUUUGCAUCAAAACUGGCAGCAAAUUUGGAAUGAAAACUUUGGGGGGGGGGGGGCGCGGGCAGGUCAAGAAGCUGUCUCAGCACAUUAAGAUUAUACUUAGAUUUAGAUGUAGCUUGCAUUAUGUACUUCAAGCUCCCAGUUUUAUAAUUUGCUUUUUGUUUUAGCUUCAUUCCUGGCAAGAGACAAAGAAAACCGCACCGGAAAUGAUAAUGCAUUAAAUUGACUCGAUCUUAA